CCUCAACUGGCCUCACGACACCAUCACUCUGACCAGACAUCCUCCUGUCAAGCGGAAUUAAAUCCCCCAAAAUCGCCUAAAAAUUUCAAAUCAAGGACCUCGGGAUGGAAUUACCCCAUUCGUACCGCGGGAAGAGACAUGUGCCGGUUCCUUCUGGGAGAUUUGUCGUCGGCUGCACUGACCUAAUGAUUGGUGGACCAACCAAAGAAGAUGGUUGCUUCCUGCGCAUUUUCUAUCCCACAAAGCUCACAGAUACUUAUGCAAAUUCAAAUGACUGGGCAACUUGGUUGCCCCACCGAAAGUACAAAGAGGGUUACGCAAUCGUCCGAGGGUUGACGUCAUUCAUAGGCAAACGCGUGAUUUCUUGGGUCUUCGGGAAGCCAUACAUCCCCGUCGUGGUGGAUGGAGAACCUUCCAACGAGCCUCCAUUCCCGGUGAUUGUCUUUUCUCACGGGAUCAAAUCCUGCCGAACUGUCUACUCCAUUUUCUGCUCAGACAUAUCUUCCCAUGGGUUUAUAGUGGCGGCUAUCGAGCACAGGGACGGAUCGGCCUGCAUGAGUUAUACAUUGGAAAGAGAACAAAGUAUUAGAGGAGGUUUAGUCGAGCGCUGGAUCCCUUACAGGCCGCUGCCAUUCGAACGCAACGACAUGCCCAGUCGUCGUGAACAAUUGGAAAUUCGUACUCGCGAAUGUACUCAGACUCUCGAUUUACUUGCCAGACUCAACGACGGAGUUCAAGUCCAACAUUUGUUACAUUCCACAAUGGAUCUCGCCAUCUUCAAGGGUCUGAUGGAUCUGAGCUCGCCCAUCAUUGCGGGACAUUCGUUCGGCUCCACGACGCUCCUACGCACAUUGGCCGUCGAUAAACGCUACAAAAUCGGAUUGGCUAUGGACGCCUGGAUGUGGCCGCUCAAAGACGAGCCGGAAUUGGCGGAGUCGAUCGAGCAACCGAUUUUGUUCAUCAAUUCGGCAAACUUUCAAACUCGUUUCAGUUUGGAAAUCAUGAAGCGAUUCACGGCCGACGCCGACAAGCGUCACGUCGUCACCAUCAAAGGCAGCAUCCACGACAGUCAAAGUGACGUGCCCUGUUUAUUGCCAAAAUUCAUUCGUCGCUUUGAAUAUCCGUCGGCCAUCGAUCCCCUGUUGGCUACACAAUUAAGCAAUCGCAUCACGUUGCUGUACCUGCGCAGACAGUUGGCAGGCUAUCCAGCGGAUGAUGAACUUUCAAACCUGGUGGAAAAGAGCGCCGAUUUGCUCCUGGAAGGAAUUCCCUAGUCAAAUCACCGAUGGAAUCAUCCAACGGCGCAUAUGUAUAAUAAGAGGAUCUACUCAACACGUAAUAGCUCGGCUUUCCCUUUUUCGGCGUCCCAGAAAGAUGUAAUCAUAUAACACUGCCAGCCACCGAAAUGGACACACAUACGUAACAAUUUUUUACAAUACAACCCAGUGACUUAUUUA